GGAGAUCUCAGUCCCUCGCGAUCCCUCGCUCGGCCCCGCCGAGAUGAGCUCAGGAAUGGUCCAACAACCUCCUGUGCGAUUUUUGCACGUUCGGCAGCACAGAGAUCAUGAGCUAUAAUGGGGACUCUGCGCCUCGCCAAGGCCCCGCCGCCAUCCCCGCCGUUCUCCAUACCGCAAGACAGCAGAUAGACCGCCAAAUUCCCGACUUCCCGACUGACUGCUGUUGCUCCAGCUCUAGCAUCUCGCUGUUCUGUUCUGUUCGUUCCAGGCCAUAGAGCUCCGGGCACCACGCACCACGCACGAUCGCCAUGAGCUCGGUGCUUGCCGAACGUGUCUGUCAGCUGUUCGCGUUCACGGACAAGGUCGUCUAGCGAACGGCAUAUAAGCUGCAGUUGGAGGACGUAACGGAUCCACCCACACCAACCGAGACCUCGCUCGACACGACAUGGCUGCUGCUCAACCCCACCUGACCGCCGACGCGCCGGCCAACGCGCCGCCCCCUGCCAGCCCUCUCGACGACACCAAGAGCCUCGGCGAGACGGCAGAGGAGGAGCUCGGCAUGCCCGACACCCCGCCGAUCCAGAGCGCGUUUGUCAACCUCUCGCGCGGACAGGCCGUCAAGACAUUCUGGUAUGCGACCAUGUGCUGCUUCUUCGCCGGCGUCUGCGUCCUCAUGGAGGGCUACCAGUCCUCGACUGCCGGCUCGAUCGUCUCCAACAUCGGCUUCAUCGAGCAGUUUGGCACGCCCGACCCCAAGACAGGCAAGAAGGCCCUCGACGCCAGCUACGUCUCGGCAUGGGGCGGUACCGGCUCGGUGUUCGCCAUCAUCGGACACCAGGUCAACUCGUUCAUUGCUGACCGGUAUGGCCGUCGCCCGGCGUUCCUCUUGGCCUCCACCAUUGCCAUCGCAGGCAUUCUUACCGAACAGUUUGUCACGACCAUGGCUGGGUGGCUCGGUGGGAAGAUGGUGACUGGUUUGGGAUGGGGCAUGGGCCAGGUUGUGGCUUUGACUUACAUCCCCGAGGUCGCGCCGGUGCAGCUCCGCGGCGCCCUACUCUGCUGCUACGCGCUCUUCGUGGCCCUCGGUCAGCUGUCCUCGGCCGUGGCCCUCCUUAUUGUAAACCGCACCACGCCGCACGAGUGGCGCCGGGCCAUCUACUCGGGCUAUGUCCUGGUCGGCAUCUUCCUCCUCCUCCUCCCGUUCAUCGCCGAGAGCCCGGUCUUCUAUGCGCGCCUCGACAGACACGACGACGCGAAGAAGGCCCUGCGCCGGCUCUAUGGCAAAGUCAAGGGCUACGACAUUGACCACGAGUACGCCGUCAUCCGGGCUGAGAUCGAGCACGAGCGCAGCCUGCGCCAGAACGAGAACGACAGCGUGUACAAGGAGAUCUUCAUGGGCACCAACCUCCUCCGCACGCUGCCGUCCUUCUUCGGCCUCAUCAUGAUCCAGUGGUCGGGUGCGUCGGUCGUGUUCAGCUACGCGACCUACUUCCUGCAGCAAGUCGGCAUCGCCGACCCGUUCCAGGGCUCGUGUAUCGUCUUCACGCUGCUGGUCGCCACCCUCUCCGUGUCCUUCUACUGCACGGACCGGUUCGGGCGCCGCACGCUCCUGUUUACCGGCGGCAUCGGGUGCUUCAUCUGCAACAUCAUCCUCGGGACGCUCGGCGUGGUCAAGCACACGCCGGCGGUGCUCAACGCGACGCUGGCGGUCAUCUGCGUCUGGGUCGUCAUCUACGCCGCGUGCCUCGGCGGCGUGUGCUGGGGCCUGUCGUCCGAGAUCGCGACCCCGCGCCUGCGCGCGCGCACCACCGCCGUCGUCGUCAACAUGUCGACGCUGUUCUCGCUCCUGUUCGGCUACACGGUCCCCCUGAUGCUCAGCAACAAGGGCAAGGCGAGCCGCAACUGGGGCGUCAAGACAAUGUACCUCUUUGCGUGUCUCGGCGGCAUCGGCUUGGUUAUCAACUACUUUAUGCUGCCCGAGCUCAAGGGCCGCACGUACGCCGAGCUCGACGAGAUGUACGAGAAGGGCAUCCCCCCGCGCAAGAUGAAGGCGUUCGUCACCGAGGCCGAGAAGUCCGGGGUCAAGAAACGAGCCUAG